CAUCAUGCGGGUACUCUUCCACUCAUAAAAAGGAUCAUCUCUUGCCCAUCAUCAAAAAUAACUAAUCAAAGAUACCAAGUGGCAAUGUCUUUGAGUUUGAAAGCAUCUUACCUUCAGCCCAAAAUUCAAGUGCCCCUUGAGUCCUUGGUUCUUUUGUAAACCUUGCCAAAUAUAUCCUCCAUGCCCAAUGAUUCAUCAAGUUUCCGGAUUCCUGAAAUUCUUAGAAUGUAAAGUUGUAAACUUACUCUAAAGGCCGGGUUAAGGAGGAUUCAGCCAUUUGUCCAGCUGGAAAGAACAUAACUUCUGAUAUGAAUCAGAUGUAGGAGUGAUUCUUGAUAUGGAAACCAGCAUUGGUAAGAUGACUAGCACUUGCAUUUUAAUGGCGAUACAUGAUUUCUAUGAGAAGCACAGCAAUUACACCACCAUGAUUCACCCACACUUUCGUGAUUCCAAGCAAGACAACGUUCGAGCUGCUUCUGCAGCCAUUGACCUCUUGAAAAAUGUCCAAGUCAUGGCGAUUCUGGGACCCCAGACUUCCUCACAAGCAGCUUUCGUGAUUGACAUUGGCAACACAUCAAGGGUUCCAAUUAUCUCACCCGCAACAAGCCCCUCCCUUUCCCCAACUCACAAUGUCUAUUUCAUCCGUAUUGCACCUGAUUCUUCUUCUCAACUUAAACCCAUAGCAGAAUUGAUCAAAUACUUUGGCUGGAGGGAAGUGGCGCUUAUUUAUGAAGAUAGUGAAUACGGAAGAGGCCUUGUUCCUUAUUUCACUGAUGUCAUGUUGGCUAUUGGUACCAAACUCAUGCCGGGCACCAUCAUAUAUCCUUCUGCUUCAGAUGAUUCUAUCCUUAAAAAACUCUACAAACUAAAGGGGAUGCAGACCAGGGUCUUCGUGGUACAUGCGUUACCAGCUUUGGCUUCACAUUUUUUCAAGAAAGUAACUGAAGCAGGAAUGAUGGUAGAAGGGUAUGUCUGGAUUAUCACGGAAGUUCUCACCAGUCGUUUGCAUUCUUUGGAUCCCACGGACAUAGAUUUGAUGCAGGGCGUACUGGGUGUGAAGUCAUAUAUCCCUAGGUCCAGCGACCUAAUCACCUUUGAGAAAAGGUGGAAACAAGAAUUCUGGAGUCAGAAUCCAAACUACGAAAUGGUGGAAUUAGACAUGUUCGGGUUAUGGGCAUAUGAUUCUAUUUUUGCUCUAGCUAUGGCGCUGGAAAAGAUCUCAAGUGAAGCUAAGACUACCUUCCAGCGAGAAAUGGAAUCUUCAACAGAUUUGGAUACCAUAGGAACCUCAGAGAUAGGGUCGAGGCUCGUUCCAUGGAUCCGGAACUCAAGCUUUAAAGGGUUGAGUGGCGAGUUUCAUGUUGUUGAUGGACAACUGCAAUGGUCAGACUACCAAAUAGUUAACAUAAUAGGAAUGCGGGAGAACCCUAUCGGGUUUUGGACUCCCAAAAAUGGCAUCUUAAAGAAACUAAACAAUCAAACCAAGGGUCUUAGGGCUAUCAUAUGGCCCGGUGAUAGUCAUGUCAUCCCUAAAGGCCUGAAGAUCUCAACCAUCAACAUUUUAAGAGUCGGGGUUCCGUUUAAAAGUGGGUUUCAAGACUUUCUGGAUUGUAAAAUCAACCCUCAAACCCAACAAGUUGUCGUGACUGGCUUCUGUGUGGACAUUUUUGAAGCAGUCGUUCGUACUCUGCCUUACAGUCUCAAACAUGAAUUCAUACCUUUCGUUGGGUCAGACGGCAAGAGUGCUGGAACGUAUGAUGAUCUUCUUCGCAGCCUAGCCAACAGGAAAUAUGAUGCGGUGGUUGGAGACAUUACAGUUAGUGCGAGCCGAUCAGAAUAUGUUGACUUCACAUUCCCAUACACGGAGGCUGGUACUGCAAUGAUCGUUCGGAUUAAGGAUGAGAAGAAGAGCACAUGGAUCUUCAUGAGACCACUUGAAAAAGAGCUUUGGAUAGCAACGGGAGCAUUAUUUAUCUACACAGGGAUAGUGAUAUGGGUUUUGGAGCGUCGUGUCAACGAAGAAUUCCGAGGCUCGUCUCGUGAUCAAGUUGGAAUGAUCUUCUGGUUUUCCUUCUCCACACUUGUUUAUGCCCACAGGGAGAAGUUAAUGAGCAACUUGUCAAGAUUUGUGGUGAUCGUAUGGGUGUUUGUGGUUCUAGUUUUGACCUCCAGCUACACAGCAAGCUUGACAUCCAUGUUAACCGUGCAACAACUUCAGCCUACUGAUAUCUUCCAGAUCAUGAGAAAAGGAGAAUCAGUAGGAUACCAACAGGGUUCAUUUACUAGAUAUACGCUUAAGACAAUAGGUUUCGAUGAUAGCAAGUUGAAAAGCUACGGCAGCUUUGAGCAAUAUGAUGAGGCGCUCCAAAAAGGAAGUCAAAACGGAGGAGUUUCUGCAAUUUUUGAUGAGCUUCCGUAUCUCAGGGCUUUCAUGGUUAAAUAUUGUACCAAAUAUACCAUGACUGGUUACACCAACAAUACCGCAGGCUUUGGUUUUGCAUUUCCAAAAGGAUCACCGCUGGUCCACGAUUUUUCUACAGCAGUCUUGCAAGUGAGAAAACAUCAAACUGCGAACAUUUCCAUUCAAUGGUUUGGAGAAUCAGCUGGUUGUGAUCAGAAGAAUGAAACCUCAGUAGAACCUAAUAGGCUAACGUUGGAUAGGUUCAAGGGUCUGUUCUUCAUUGCUAUGUUAUCAUCAACCUCUGCUCUCGUGUUUUUCUUCUUCAUGGUCUUGUAUCAGAACAGAGAAAUGUUGGUUUCCCAUGAUUCAAUAGCCCAAAAGAUUGUGGUUAUUGCAAAAACAUUCAAUGAGUUUAAAGACAGUAAAUCCCAAAACACAAGCGCAGCGGAAGCAGUGGAUGAACCAGUUGGUGAAGACAAUAUCAGCAGUAGUCCGACAAGCGACCAUCCAGAAGUUAGAGUUAUCUCUCCUGGUGAAGAUACCUCCUCUACUGAACCUGGGACUCCAGUUCCUGAUACAAUACAAGGGUUAUCUACUACUGAACUCGGGACUCCAGGUCCCAACACCAAUGGCCUACAAGUUGUAGAGACAACGACUCAAAACUAGUGUCUUUGUACGUUGUGAUGAUGGUAAUUGGUAACACUAUUUGCAUACAGUCCUUAACAAUUCUAUGUAUUUAUAAUGUACAAGCCUCUAUGUUGUACUCUAGUUUUUGUCAACAUCUUCUUAAACCUA